UCGGCGCUGCUCUCUGUCGGGAUGUCGGGACUGCCCUUCGCAGCGCUCGUUCUGUGUCUCUGCAUAACAGCCGGUGAGUCCCAGCAGUUUACUAUUACCGUUGAGCACAGCCAGAUAAAUGUCCCCGUUGGGAGUGAUGCGCUUUUUUCAGUGCGGCCGUCGUCCAAGGUCAGAAGUGGAGACUGGUCUGUUAAUGGGACUUUAGUCGUCCGGUGGGUCGAUCAGACCGUGUCUGUUGACAAUGAGUACACAUCGCGGGCAGAGUUAUUCACCUCCAAUGGGUCGCUUCUGCUGAAAUCGGUGAACGUGCGGGACAGCGGGGAAUACCGUGUGAAUAUGGUUCCAGUCAGUGGCUCCCAAUCCUCAGCGACCAUCACUCUGCGUGUUAGUGCAUUUACAGAGCCAGUGACUGGAGUUACUGUGGUGAGCAAUGAUUCCACUCCCCUGGAAAACCUCGAUACCAUCGUACUGAGUUGUGACGCGUCGGGCACUGUUCAGACACGGACAUGGUUCAAGGAUAACCAACCCAUCCAGGAAAACGGAAGAAUAUUUACAUCUCCCGACAAGGCGAAACUGACUAUAGUCAGUGUUAACAGAAACGACGCAGGGACGUACAAGUGCAUCGCCAGCAACUCUUUCAGCAGUGGAGCUGGAGAGACCUACGUGCAAGUUUACUCACCAAAAGGAGAUGACCGUAUCACCCUCACCGCCGGCGGGAUCGUGGGCAUUGUACUUGGUUUACUUGGCAUGGGCCUGAUCGGAGGAGUCAGUGGAUGGUUCAUCGCAAGGAAAGCGGGCGGGAUCAAAGAUCCAGCGCAAUCCAAACACGACACGAGCACCACUUCCGGAAGAAAGGGCACCGUGGAUACAAACACUGCGGACGCAUCGCAAAACUACGAAAAUUUCCCAAGGAAUGAGCAGGGCGCAAGAUAUAAUGAACGAGAUGGAAACACCACUUACACGAUAACGUCACCUGUGAACGGAAGUGGACGGUUGGCCGGGUGUUCACACAUCAGAAGGACAACCAUUGUGGAAGAAACCACUGGUCAAAACGACUCUCACUUUUUACAUACAACCGUUAUCUAUGUUUCUGUCAUAUGUCUCACAGUGUGACAUCUUCACUCCGAGACAUCAAUGAAGGUUGUGAGUCAUUUUUUUAUCGUAGAGGCUUAGUUCUGUCACCUCAACCCAGCCUCCUGCAUCCCAUGAUAGGCACCCUCACGUUUCCACUAACAUUUGCCCUCUCAGCUUUGCUUUGUGAUAUAAUCUCCAUAAUCUCAUUGCCCACAUCAUAAGCGGUUCCGUUUCUGACGACUUGUUUCGCUUAGAUCUGGAACAUAGCAGUGUGUGACUCUUAGCCUUCAGACUAGCCUCGAUUUACUUUAUGGCAGUUGCCGGUGCCUGAAGUUUCACGGCAGGGAGUUUCUACCUUUUGCCGUCUGCUAUCGGGGAAUAUCGGGAGUCGAUCGAGACUUUGAGACGUUAUUUUUUACCGUGACCAUGGUCUGCUCUUUAUCAAAUCAUGGUAUUGCUUAGCACUGUACUAACUAUAUGUUAUUAUGAUGUGGUUCUGUCAGUGUUAGUCUUUGAUUUGUCCUGUUUUUUCUGUGGUAUCACACUGGAGAACAUUGUAUUAUUUCUUAAUGCAUGCAUGUAUUUCUUAAUAACAAUAAAAUUUCUAAA